UCACGUCUGACAGGAAAGCGCUAAGAACCACGAGGAGAUGGAAUUCUAAGCGCGCAUCGGCCAUUCGGCGAGAGUCUCUGGAUUGUCUUGAGGCCCUCAUAUCGCAUUGCUUUCAACUACUGUCAAGCACGGAAGUGCAUCUAUUGCCUGUACAGUAAAGCCUAGCUUGAGAAGGAACCGCCAAAAUGCCUCCUAUGCCACCUUCUGCUCAGAGGCAUGGCCCAACUUGGUUCGAUAAGUUGAAAAUGGGAGCCCUCAUGGGAGGAACUGUUGGUGGAAUAAUGGGGUUCAUCUAUGGCACCGUUACCAUCUUCCAGUACGGCGCAGGCCAGGCCGGCGUGAUGAGAACAUUGGGAAAAUACAUUGUCGGAUCAGGCGCUACAUUCAGUGUCUUCAUGGGCAUUGGCAGCAUCAUCCGAACUGAUUCCCCUCAAAUGGCAGCCUCCGUAUGGGCACGAUCGAAGUAUCCUCCUUUAGUACACCCCCGACGCAAUCAAUCCCAGCUUCAGCGAUGAUUGACUUCCGACGAGGUUGUGACCGGUGGCUGAUUCACACUGGGAUGUACAUAAAGAUAUUUGGGUCAUGAAAAGUCGAUCAUAGCUAAGCGAUACCCACGGAUUAAUACUGUUAGAUUAGAUGCCACACAAUCAAAUACAGCCUCGAUGAAGGGCUUUACAAAAGAAUGCCAUCCUUGCAUCCUCUCAACGGAUC